ACUGCUGCCGUACCACCCUCCCACUUCUCCCGUCGGGCUUCUGUCUGCGCAUGCACACUCGCCUGCUCCAGGCCACCAUUUUGUCUAGAGACAACUCUGUCAACGCGUGUGAGGAUUAAUCGAGCUGGGACGUAAGGGCAAGCUUCCCUACCGUCGCCAGAGGAAGACCGAACAAGCACUGAGCGCUCAAGUAAAUUUACCCGGAAAAGGAAGACCGAGGACCAGGUCGUUUUCUAUGGAGGGUGAAGUCAUUUCCAUUGAGACCGCUCAGGUUGAGGGUCUCCAGGACAGUGGGGAGGGAUCCGAGCUGCUCCAGACUGUAGAGGCUGCCCUAAUGGAAGGGGGUGUGGCACCCCAAGUGGUGACAGGGAAUGUUGAAAUGAUGGUGAUGGACACCCUGGACUCAACCCUUGACCCUGCCCUGCUACAGAUGAAGACUGAGGUCCUCGAAGGGGGUGGCACAGUGACGGUCACCGGGGGAGAUGAGGGACAGAUCAUCACCCUGCAGGUGGUGAACAUGGAGGGGAACAUGGAGCAGACAAGUGCAGCACUGGGGCUUGGACAGCUGCAGCUGGUGCAGGUUCCUGUCACUACAGCCACCGUGGAAGAACUCCAGGCCAGCUUUGUUGACGCCUCUGCAGGCAAUACUGAGGCAGAGCCAGUGAUCUGCCACACCCUCCCUCUGCCUGAGGGCUUCCAGGUGGUGAAGGUGGGGGCGAAUGGAGAGGUGGAGACAGUUGAGCAAGAAGAACUGCAGGCAGCCCAGGAUGAGCUCCAGGUGACCCAUGGGGAGGAGGAGGAGGAGGAGGAAGCUGAGCCCCAAGUAGAGGACCAGACCUGGUCCAAAGACCCAGAUUACCAGCCAACUGCUGGCAUCCGCAAGGGGAAGAAGGGCAAGAAGAGCCGCCUGCGUUACGGGGAGGGGGAACGGGACAUGGAUGUGUCUGUAUACGACUUUGAGGAGGAGCAGCAGGAGGGGAUGCUUUCUGAGGUCAACGCUGAGAAGGUUGUGGGCAACAUGAAGCCGCCCAAACCCACCAAGAUAAAAAAGAAAGGUGUGAAGAAGACGUUCCAGUGUGAGCUGUGUAGCUACACCUGCCCCCGGCGCUCUAACCUGGACCGCCACAUGAAGAGCCACACAGAUGAGAGGCCACACAAAUGCCACCUGUGUGGGAGGGCCUUCAGAACAGUCACACUGCUGAGGAACCACCUCAACACACACACAGGCACUCGUCCUCAUAAAUGCCAAGAUUGUGACAUGGCAUUUGUGACCAGUGGAGAGCUAGUGCGUCAUCGUCGCUACAAACACACAUUCGAGAAACCCUUCAAGUGCUCCAUGUGUGACUACGCUAGUGUGGAGGUGAGUAAGCUGAAGAGACACAUCCGCUCCCAUACAGGCGAGAGGCCCUUCCAGUGCAGUCUGUGCAGCUACGCCAGCCGAGACACUUACAAACUGAAGAGACACAUGAGGACACACUCGGGUGAGAAGCCAUAUGAGUGCUACAUCUGCCAUGCUCGUUUCACGCAGAGCGGCACCAUGAAGAUGCACAUCCUGCAGAAGCACACAGAGAAUGUGGCCAAAUUCCACUGCCCCCACUGUGACACAGUCAUCGCUCGCAAGAGCGACCUGGGUGUGCACUUGCGGAAGCAGCAUUCGUUCAUGGAGAUGGGCAGGAAGUGCCGUUACUGUGACGCUGUGUUCCACGAGCGUUACGCACUCAUCCAGCACCAGAAAUCCCACAAGAACGAGAAGCGCUUCAAGUGCGACCAGUGUGACUAUUGCUGCAGACAGGAGCGUCACAUGAUCAUGCACAGACGCACACACACGGGGGAGAAGCCGUACGCCUGCAACCAAUGUGAAAAAACUUUCCGGCAGAAGCAGCUGCUGGACAUGCACUUCAAACGUUACCAUGACCCCAACUUCAUCCCCACUGCCUUCGUCUGCAGCAAGUGUGCCAAGACCUUCACUCGCAGGAACACCAUGCUGCGUCACGCAGAGAACUGUAAUGGAGAGAACACCGGCGACGAGAACGGGACCCCGCCCAAGAAAGGCCGCCGCGGCAGAAAGAGGAAGAUGCGUUCCAGACGGGAUGACGAUGAUGAUGACACCGAGCCUGAGCUGGAUGACAUUGAGGAAGAGGAGGAGGAGGAGCUGCUAGCUGAGAUUGAGGUCGAACAGGCACCACCGGUUGUCCCUGUCCCUGCCCCUGUUGGCCCGCCAGCCAAGAGGAAACGUGGAAGACCUCCAAAGGCUAAACCUGCCCCAACGGCGGCAAUCAUCCGUGUGGAGGAUGAGACCACAGGCGAGGUGGAUGACAUAAUCGUGAAGAAAGAGAUGAAGGCAGAGCAGGCGAGCCAGGAGGAAGAAGCUGUUGAGGAUGAGGUGCCAGCAGUAGAGGUGGAGCAUGCUGAAGGAGAGCCUGUCAAUCAGGUAGAAGAGUCAUUCCAGGGGGAGGAGGUGGUGCAGGAAGUGGCACUGUCUGUCACAGAGGCUCCGCCCAACGGUGACCUCACUCCUGAGAUGAUUCUCAGUAUGAUGGACCGGUGAUGAAGACGAAGCCUCUGUCUACAUCUAACAAUACAAAUUGUCCCCUAUCUGUACACUCACAUGCACCCCAUUUGUACCCACUCUCAAACACACAUACCUGCCCUCGCAUACACCGUACACGUAUACCACACAUGCACACCCCAGUUAUAACCUUAGAUCUCUCUCUGAUGUUGAUGAUAAUGCCUGGGACAUGUCUAAAGAUACCUUUAGCCCAUUCUAUUUUUUUAAGAGCUUAUUUACCUCUCUUGCGAUCUCUAUCUACAUCCUACUGCGAAACCCCUGACACCCUCAUGUUGAAUUAUGUUUGUAUACAGAAUCUAGAUAACAUUGUGCAGAGUGUUGUCACUGGAAAAGAUGUAAGGAGAGGGGGUGUGGUUUAGCUCAUGAUGAUGUAUUAUGUCAUAAAUCAUGUUCUCAUUCUGCUGUCAAUUAUGUUCUAUAGGCCCUCAGAAUGCCUUCUCUGUAGCAUAUUUUGGCCCACAUUUGAUCUCUUCAUGUUGGCCCUCUUCUCGUGCUCUGUUGUCUGUCUAAAAAGUAUCAUGUGCUUUCACCCAUGGAAUUAGCUGUUAGGGGUUCAAAGGUUAGGGGGUGGGAUGACCUGAAAUAUUCUGCUUUUACAAACUGUUAAACUGUAUUCAAAUUAAACACAAUACCUUGCUCUUGUUAAAGCUUUUAGAAUGUAUUAGUUUUUUGGUUUGAUGCUCUCUUUUUUUUGUACCAUCAAAAUGAAAUGCUAGGGGACUUGAAUGGCAAUGAUAUGAUUGGAGGGGUGGGAGAAUGCUUGACUGUACAGCUAAUAAUAAUACAAAUUAAAAAAAGAUCAACCUACUGUGUUGUCAUGAGUCAAUUUGCUUCAGUUUCAGCCUUGAUUAGGCUAAUUUAGUAUGGCAUGUAAUACUGAAAUAUAGACACUAUAGGAUGUUCGAUCAUGUUCAGACUACAGCAUAAUCUGCCCUAUUUAUCUGCUACAUGGUUCUGACAGAAUGCGUAUACCACAAGUCUCUUUAGAAACCUGUUUGGAGUAGUAGGUGAACUAGACUAUUUUGGUUGUUCCUGUUGAAUUUCUUUCAGAGGAUCUGCCCUCUGAUAUUGAGUGCUUUAUUAAAACACAAUUUUAGUCCCCUA